GGUGAGUCAGAGGAAGGAAGAGAAGAAGGUAAGUUAGUUAGCAGCAGGUAGCUGUGAGAUGUUGGAGAGGAAACAGCUGAGCUGUCUGGUGUCGUCCAGGCGGUGACUGACUGACCGAUGCCUUCGUCAUGAUGCUGAGCUGCAGCGUCCUGGCGGUCGCCCUCCUGGUGGUCGCCCUCCUGGUGUCCCAGGCCAGAGGCUUCCUGAGCCCCUCCGAGGACGACGGCAUCCCCGAAGAGUGGGUACUGCUCCACGUGGUCCAGGGCCACAUCGGGGCCGGAAACUACAGCUACCUGCGCCUCAACCACGACGGAAGAAUCAUCCUGCACAUGCUGAGCCUCAAGGGGGACGCGGACCUCUACGUGUCGGAUAAAACCCUGCGGCCGAGCUACGACACCUAUAAGCUGCAGUCGGCCACCUGCGGCCAGGAUGUGGUGGUGGUGCCGGGGGACUUCGCCAGGCCCGUGGGCAUCGGCAUUUACGGCCACCCGUCACACAAGGAGAGCGAGUUUGAAAUGCGGGUGUUUUACGAUCAGACGGUUCUGCAGGACCCGUUUGAUAAGGACUCGUACACUUUUGAAGACGGACACAAGAAAAAGAAAUCCCCUCAGGCACCGGAGGAGGACUUUCAGGAAGAGGAGUCGAUCUUUUGGACAAUUCUAAUCGGACUUCUGAAAAUUAUACUUGAGAUUUUAUUUUGAAAAUAGAAUCCUUCAUUGCUGCUGUGACACAAGGAGGAGUCAGUGCUGAUCCAUUAAAGAUCUGUCAUUCUGUAAGGAUGAGAAAAUGUCACCAAACUCCAGUCAGAAUUCUGGCAUUUUAACAGCUCCUCUCCUUGUGAUCAAACACACGUACUGUAGAAAUCAGUUUGACUAACAGUCUGUAUGUUUGGUGAUCAGCAGAAGAGCCGGUCAGAUUCAGCAGGUUUUACUUUGGUGUCCUCUCGUACAGCUGCAGACAGAAUGAAGCGUAUUAAGGUGAAACACAGGUACAUGUUUAGUCGUGGCCUAUAUUUAGGCCUUUUGUAAUUUUCUGUCUUGAACUGCAGUUCAACCAAAAGGAUAAGAGGGGGGUCUUUCUGGAGUCUUGAAAGAUAGGUUUGGGUUUUUAUCUUUAAUACAACGUUCCCUGCUGUAGGGAAGUUAAGUUUUUACUUUUACUGUUCCUCCUGUUCAUACUGGUGGUGAAGGGACCCUUCUGAUGCAGGUCCUCCUGUUCAUACUGGUGGUGAAGGGACCCUUCUGAUGCAGGUCCUCCUGUUCAUACUGGUGGUGAAGGGACCCUUCUGAUGCAGGUCCUCCUGUUCAUACCGGUGGUGAAGGGACCCCUCUGAUGCAGGUCUUCCUGUUCAUACCGGUGGUAAAGGGACCCUUCUGAUGCAGGUCCUCCUGUUCAUACUGGUGGUGAAGGGACCCUUCUGAUGCAGGUCCUCCUGUUCAUACCGGUGGUGAAAGGACCCUUCUAAUGCAGUGAUAUCCCAAGAUAUAUAUCAAUAACAGCCCUACCUUAAGUCAGUGAAACUCUUGAGUCUGACUCUGACUGCUGCAGCCUCAGUUGGAACAGAUGACCUUUAAAACACAGAGCUGAUGGAGGGGAUGUCUUCAGGGCCGGUACCAACAGGAGGAACUCUCUCUGUGAGCAUGUGAGCGUUGUGUUGAGAUGAACAUGAAAUCUGAACUUUUCCUUUUUUAACUUUUCACAUAAAUCUUCAAAUCAAAUUGAGCCUCAGACGGAGAUACGUGACCUGUGAAUGAAUGAAACCGCCUGUCUUAACUCUGCAUAGCAACAACUGAGCAAUACCGUCAUCGUCAUCAAUGCGUGGUUCCUACAGGACGGGUCCACUUCCCUCGGGAUGAAUACAAUAAUAUAGCUUAUUAUUGGACGUAUAGGACGGCCUGUAGAGGUUGUAACAGUAAAAGGCUGAUGUAGUUGAUCCCAGUGAAGGUAGAGAUGCUGCUGAACAUGCUCUCAUGAUUCUCUGUUCACGUUUCAUUCAUACAGGAUUAUUUCCUUCAUUUAGACUCCAGAUGGGAACAUGUGGGUUUAUUAAAACCUGUUAACGUUAGCUGCAACGUUUGUUUCGGUUUAAAUCACUCACUGUUUGGUUGUUUUGCCUGUUGGACCAGCUCCGGAUUUUAAACCAUCACCUCCUGCAGUCUGGAGUUCAGUUACGAGUAAACUUAGCGACCACUGAGCAGAAAUGUUCAACAGUGCCUUCAACGAAUCGCUCCUGUUUCCACAGACGAUGCUAUCAGGUUUCUAAAUAAAGCAGUUGGUUUGAAGACUGUUAA